AUGCACAUGCCCACCGCCUCCUUCCCCCGGUCCCGUGCCGACUGGAAGGCCGUCCACAGCACCAGCGACGGCGAAGCAAAGUCCUCGCAAUGGAUCAACAAGGACUUGGCGCCGACACCGGCUGCCACCCGCACCUGCCAGUGGUCCAACGGCGCGUCCCUCGUCGCCGUCGGCCUCACCUGGUGGCAGGCCUUGAUUUCUUGCAUCCUGGCCAAUCCUGUAUCGUCGUCCGUCGCCCUCGCCUUGGCCCGGCCUGGUGCCCGCUACCACAUUGGCUACCCCGUCCUGGCCCGCAGCGUCUUUGGCAUGAACGGCCACCUGUUUUUUGUGUGGAUCCGCGCUGUCGUAGCCUUCAUCUGGUUUGGUGUCCAAAGCUACUUUGGGUCCCAGCUGCGGAGCGUCAUGCUGCGGUGCAUUUUUGGUGGCUCGUGGUGGGACCUGGCGAACCACCUGCCAGAGAGUGCGGGCAUCACGUCCCGGGAUAUCCUGGCGUUUUUCCUGUUCUGGAUGCUCGAGAUGCCCUUUCUCGCCCUCCACCCGUCCAAGAUUAAGUUUUUGUUUGCAGCCGAGUCUAUUCUGUGCCCCCUCGCCUGUAUCGGCGUCUUUGCCUGGUGUGUUCACUAUGGCGGCGGUCUCAAGAUUGAUAGCGUCUCCGCCGCCGUCCUCGUCACCGGCUCAGCGCUCGGCUGGGCGAUGCUCAACGGCAUCAACAGCUGCCUCGGCAUUGUGCGCGGUCAGCUCUUCUGCGGCAUUAUCUCGCUCGCCAUUGUGCCGUGGAAACUACUCACCGACGGCGCCGGCUUCAUUACCUUUUUGGGCAGCUACAACAUUUUCAUUGCGCCUCUCUGCGGCAUCGUCAUUACGGACUACUACUUUGUCAAGCGCGGUAACAUCCACGUGCCCUCACUCUUCCGCCCGGCAUCAGGAUCGCUGUACUACUACAUCAAGGGCUGGAAUCUGAAAGCAGUCGUCUGCUGGGUCUGUGCUGCCACGUUUGGUAUUCCCGGCCUCAUUGGAUCAUACCAUCCGACGUGGGUUGGUGUGGCUGCCACCCACAUCUACAAGAUGGGCUGGAUCAUCACCUUCUUCUCGGCUGCCGCCUUCUAUUACGCUACAAAUGUACUUCUUCCGGCUCAAGUGCAGCCCCGUGGCUACUCCGGAACCAUCAGCAGCAAGGAUUUUGAGUCGUACGCGGUGACAGACGGAUACUUGGACGGCGAUUCGCUGGUGCAGUUCCCUGUUGUUCUUGUUGGAUCUGGCGACAGUGCGGCGUCCCAAGACGUCGUAACGGAGAAAGUGUAG